CGGCGUCAUAGGAGGCGUUGGAGGAAAGGGGGAGCGUAUGAAAUCUGAAGGGUAAAGGUUGACCUGUGGUUCUUGUAGUUCUUUUUUAUAAACCAUUGUGUCGACUUUCAUAUAGAAGGGCAUCCUCCAGACUACUAUUCCAAGCAUGCCAAAGUCCCCUGUUCUCACACGCCGUGCAAGUUGGGAUUGCAGUUUUCUCUCAGGGUGUGCUUACUCAUUUGUAGUAAUACAGUACUACAAUCCCCACUGAACGACGUGGUUAUUCUCUGAGAAAUCGCGGCGCAAGGCCAAACUGGAGGUUGUUGUUAUAAUCAUCGGUUUUGUAGAUGCGGCUGAGUAAUUCAUCGCUGCCAAAGUAGAGUUGUUUAAAUCGUCGAUUAUAUUUGUUGAUAUUUCAAGUUAUUUGUGAAAGAGUCACACUUGUCACACAAGAUGGAGGAGGUAAUCGAAACAACGGAUGCAGAAAGUGUUGAAGUUGAAGUCGAGGAGAGCACGACCACGCUGACCACUUUUGAGCCUGAAAAAUCGAAAGGAGAGUUUGUCUGGACCCUGCAAGCAACAUGGCAGCUUGUCAACACGCGCCUGGAAAUGGAGCCCGAAUUUGACCAGCCCGUGUGCAAAAAGAAGAAGCUCUGGGAGACGGUGGCCGAGAGGGUCACGGCGAAGCUCCAGGCCGCCGGCAGCCUGGACGUGGCCGUGAAGGCCUACGAGUGCGACCUGAAGUGGAGGAACAUGCUGGCCACCUACCGCAAGAACACCGAGCGCGCCGUGCGCCUGGGGGUGCAGAGCAUCCACUGGGAGUUCUUCCGGGUCAUGCACAACGUGCUGGGCAAGAGCAGGGAGGACAUGGAGGCCCAGCGCAAGGCCAAACUCAACGGCACCAAACUGGGCAAGGCUAUCGCCAGCAAACGCUUCACCCCUAUCCUGCCUAUCCCCUCCAUAACCACAGCAGCGGCGCCCACGCUGACCGCAGCGGCGGCCCCUUCCAUAGCAGCCACACAUAUUAUGGCCCCCAAGCCCCCGCAGCAAAACCAGGAUGUGCUGCACCUCUACCUGGAGCUACAGGAGAGGAAGAUGAAUAUGUGGGCUCAGCAGAAGGCCCUGGAGGAGAGGAAGAUUGAGGCCAUCAACAACCUGGCACGUGCCAUCGCCAGCCUGGCACAGGACAACAGUGCUCAGCUGCCAAAAGAGUAAGAA